AUGACAAACACCACAACCUCCCCCUCGAGAGCCUGGCUGCGCCACCUCCCCAAAGCAGAGCUGCACCUCCACCUCGAGGGCACCGUGACGCCGGAGACGCUGGUCGUGCUCUCGCAGCGGCACGACGCCAACCCGCUGACGCUGGAGCAGGCCCGCGACCUGUACACGUACAAGGACUUCCGCCACUUCCUGCAGACCUUCAGGCUCGUCUGCGACAGGCUGCAGACGCCCGAGGACUAUGCCCUCGUCGCGGCGGAGAUGAUGCGCGACCUGCGCGCCCAGGGCGUGGUCCACGCCGAGGUCUUCAUCGCGUGGGGCAACAUCCUGCGCUGGAAGCCGGACCUGCGCGUCGAGGACGUCAUGGUCGCCGUGGAGGGGGCCCGCGCCGCCGCUGAGGCGGAGGCGGGAGGGGACUUCUCGCUGCUCUGGAUCGUGGACGCGGUGAGGCAGUGGGGCCCGGAGCACGUCGGCGAGGUGUUCCGGCUUGCGGCAGGGCUGAGGACCCGGUUUCCUAGCAUCGUUGGCGUUGGCAUCGGGGGCGAUGAGGUCGCCGGGCCGGCGGGUGAGUUCCGCGAGGCAUAUGCGGAGGCCAGACGGGCGGGACUGCGGCUCACUUGCCAUGCUGGCGAGGCGAGCGGGCCUGUGAAGGGCCCCGUGGAGAUCCGGGCCGCGCUGGGUAUCGGUGCUGAGAGGAUCGGGCAUGGCCUUGACGCGCAACACGACGAGAGUCUUUUGGCAGAGUUGGCGGAGAGCCAGACGCCUAUCGAGAUCAACGUCACAUCCAACAUUCUGACUGGCGGCUGUAACUCGGUGAAAGAGCACCCCCUGCCGAGGUAUCUGAAUAAGGAGAUGAUGUGUAUGCUGAAUUCGGAUGACCCUGCCAUGUUUGGGUCAUGGUGUCUGGAUGAAUAUGUUCUGGUUCAUGAGCAGAUUGGUUUGGACCUGGAGAGCAUGAGACGGCUGGCGAGGAAUUCCAUCUUGUCGAGUUUCCUGGAAGAUGAGAGGAAGCAGGAAUUGUGUGAGAAAAUCAAGCACUAUCCUCUCCCAUAA